AUGGCCGCUUCCUCCGCUGCGGAAAAUGAGUUAAAUAUUUUACCUUCCGUUUAUGAGGUUAUGAAGAGCAUUGAAAAAGACACAAAUGAAGUUGCCCAGAAAAUGAUGGAAUUGAAGUCUCAGUUCCAGAAAGCAAGAGAGUGUAUUGAUCGACUUCCAGGUACCCAGCAUAGUCCAGAGGAGCAAGUCAGACUGAAGUCAGUGCUUCAUCAACAACUGCUUAUUAAAACUAAACUUCUGUCAAGUUUUAAAACAGGACACCAUUUUGAUUUUGAUUCCAAGACAAAUGGAGACCUGUCUAGAAACAGUAUGAACUAA